UCGAUACGUUGGAAUUUUGUUGUCGGCACAUGCCGCAUUGAGCAUUGAGUUGAACGCCGGCAGACAUAACCUCAGAAUACCAGCGGCAUCUCAGGACAUCAGUUGCUGUGGUACCUCGCGAAAAUUGACGAUUAAUAAUCACAUUUUCUCGCAUUAACGAGGGUUUCCGUUGUUUUUUUGACAUUGUUGCAAUUGUUGACGACUUGGCAAUGGCUGAUAGUGAUAAUAGCAGCAGGGGAAAGAGGAACAACUUCUACAGGGGCAGGGGACGAGGCAGGGGAGGCUUCAAGCAAGGGGGAUACCGUGGUGGCUACCAUGACAAGCCGUUCCACAAACGCCCCCCGAUGAACCACUACCACAGCCAAAAGCGCACCAAGUUCGAGGUGACAAAUCGCCUGAAGGAGGUGGACAUUGGUGUCACAGAAUUCGUGGGCACCCACGAGCACAUCAACGGAAUCGUCAAAGAACGUUUCAACGACUUUCACGUUCACGAGAUCAACCUCGAUGGGGAGCUCUCCCAGCUGACGAACCAGGACAUUCCAGCCCCACCUGAGGACGCUCUAGACUUGAACGAGUUGAAGAAGAAUCUCCCCCAGGAGACCUUCGACCAGAUAAAGUCGCUCUCAAAGGCUGAUGCCAACGUCAACUCUGUGGAGAUCGACGUGACUGAUAUGGACAAAGAGCAACGCAAAAUGUUGCAUUUCAUUGGGAAAAAAAUUCCCUCUAUCGUUAGUCAGACCAUCGAGAAGGAUCAGAAGAAGCUGUUGGUGCUUGCUAAGAAUGAUAAAACAUAUAUAGGUGGCAACAAAUUCUACAGAGACUCUCGUCCGGAAUGGAACUACCCCUCGAACUACUGUCACUUUGUCCUCCACAAAGUCAACAUGGACACAAUGGACGCCCUGAACCUCCUGGGAAUGCACCUGCGCCUCAAGCCGAACUCAUUCACCUACGCAGGAACGAAGGAUCGUCGAGCAAGAACGACCCAGUGGAUCUGCCUGAAGCAAAUCCAUCCAUCGAGUAUCCUGGACGCAGGUAAACGUGUGCGUGGUGCAUUCGUAGGUAACUUCAAAUUCGCCAAGGAUCCACUGAGACUGGGCCAGCUGAAAGGCAAUCACUUCACAAUAGCCCUGAGAAAUGUCACUGCCACUGACGAGGAGAUUGAAACUGCCUUGACAAGUCUACGAGACAAUGGCUUCAUUAAUUACUAUGGACUCCAGCGUUUUGGUACUGUCGCUAGUGUUCCCACUCAUGACAUUGGAAAGGCUCUGCUGCAGGCCAACUGGAGUACAGCCAUUGAUCUGAUCCUCCAGCCGAGGAGUGGGGAGUUGCUGAACAUGGCUGAGGCCAGGGAAAUUUACGCCAAGACUAAGGAUGCCAAAGCAGCUCUGGACAAGAUUCAGAGGCAGGACAAGAUCGAGGCUAAAUUGCUGAGGGGAAUCGUCAGUUGUGGGAAGAAUAAUCCACAGGGGGCACUCGAUGCUCUCCCCAGAAACGCCAGGACCAUGUACAUACAUGCUUAUCAGAGCUUCGUGUGGAACCACUUGGUCUCCAGGAGAAUCAAGGAGCUGGGGAAUAAACCCAUUGUGGGGGAUCUUGUUUACGAGAAACGUGACACCAGUGAUACCGUCCCUGGGGAGGCACCUGAGGCUGUUGAGGACUCUGUGGAGCAGGCGGAGGAGGCUCAGGAGAAGGAUAAGGAGGAGGAGACUGAUGGUCAGCAGGUGCUGGCAUCUGCUGAGGAUGCAGCUGAAGGGACAGGGGCUGAGGAGGCGGGUCAGAAGGCUAAGGAGGAAACGAUGGAGGUGGUGGAGGCACAGGGGAAGGAGAAGGAGGAGAAAGAGGAGAAGAAAACUGGGGAUGAAGUCAUUGAGAGGGACUUCUACCCACUCCCAGCUGUCAAAAUGCUGACUGAAGAGGAUUUGGGGAGUUAUACUCUUGCUGAUGUCGUCAUGCCACAGCCUGGCUGGAGGGUGACGUAUCCUUCUUAUGCUAAGGAGUGGUACGAGGAGUUUCUGGCCAAGGAUGGGCUGACUACUGAUCUGAGGCAGAAGAAUCAGAAAUACUCUCUUGGGGGACAGUACAGGAAGAUUCUCCAGGUUCCAAAGGACAUGUCGUGGAGGAUAGUUCAUUAUAAUGAUCUUCAGGCUGAUCUUAUUCUUGCUGAUAUCGAUAAGAUGAGGAAUCAUGAGCUACCCAAGGAUGUGCCAGAUGGCAAAUACAAGGCCUUGAUUCUGGAGAUCACCCUGAGCUCCUCAACUUACGCCACAAUGGCUCUCCGAGAGAUUCUGAAGCACGACACAUCAGCAGAGACUCAGGCUGCCCAGUCAGCUGCCCACCACGCACAGGACAAGAAGGACAGGAAGCUGGAGGCAGAGGAGAAGGAGAAGUUGAAUGGAGAUGGAGGGGUGAAACCACCUUCCGGCGAAGAAAAAGAUGACGGAGUCGAGAGUGUUGCUGAUGAGGCAAACAACGAAAAGAUGGAGAUUACUGAGGAAACAGUGGCUGAGCCAGCUGGGACCAAGGAUGGCCCAGAUGAGAACUGAUAGAGUUUACAUGAAAUAUAAAUUAACUAUUAUUUUGUACUACUCCAUCUUUGAUAGAUUCCUGUCUCUUUUUCCAUAAAUUCAAUUCGUUAAACAAGAAA